CUUAACCACUUACUCUAAAAGCAUUAAUAGCACAACUAGUGAAACUGUUAGUGAAGUCACUAGCAAAAUCACCAACAAAAUCAUUAGCGAAAUCACCAGCGAAAUCACUAGCGAAACUACCAGUGAUAAUACUAGCGAAAUCAUCAGCGAAAUUACUAGUAAAGCCACUAGUGAAGCCACUAGUGAAGCCACUA